CACGAGCCAUGGCGUUCCCCACCAUCGCCGGCCUCCUCGCGCGCCGCUCUCUGCUCCUCUACGCCGCCAUGUGGACGGCGGUCGCCACCACGGCCGUGGCCGUGGCGGCGUUCGCGCCGGAGACCGCAUUCGUCUGGGCGGUGGCGCCCGGCGCGCCGCUCUCCAGGGCGUGCCCGGAGGGCGGUGACGCGACCAGCGUCGGCCUGCCGCUCGACGGGCCGCCGUGGGACGUCGUCUGCAUGCCCGCCGGCAUGUUCGGCCCGGCCGCUCCCGACGUCGUUGUCCCGCUCGUGUUCGCCGUCGUGGUGGUGGCUGGCGCCGUCUGGUUCACGACGGCCGUCGGCGUGUGGGAGGAGGACAACGAGGCGGCGGUGGCUACUGUAGAAGAAGUGUAGAGCGUGACGUUGGAGCAUAUAUAAAUCUUGGAUCUUGCCGUCUAGUUUUUUAUGUUUCGGUGGCAAAAAAAAUAGAGAGACAAAUGGCUUAAGGCCUCUCCCAGACAGAAGACAUCACUCGGUGAGACAAUUAAUUGCUUUGGAAGAUCUCAAUAAACUAACAACACAUAUGCAAUUUCUUACUUUAUCUCUUUUCUUAAACAUCACUUAAGAAAUGAAGCAUUUAGAGUGGCCUAACUGCUUUAUCUAGUGUCUAGCUUUUCUCCCUGCUCAUUCUUGUCGUGCCUGCCUUAGGCACUGUAUAUUUGUAACUGUUUUAUCUCUGAGCUUCUUAAUAAUUUCUCUCAUCAG